CUCUCCUCUCCCAUCCUCGGGUCUUAUAACCCCUAUCUCCGUCUCUGUUUGUGUGUGAAAACUCCACGAAAACCAGACCACCGGACCGUAGAAAAACGCUUCCAAACCCUCUCUAAUGGCGGAUUUUUGAGAUAUUUUAUCAGUUUGAUUCAAACAGCCAGAGCAGUUUCAUUGAUGUGUAGAUAUUAGAAUGCCUGGAUUUGUUAUGGAUGGAGUAAAUGGAGAGGAGGUAGCAAAUGGGUCGAAUUCCAUUGUUGGUAAGGCAAAUUCUUCUGUAAAUAAGUCACCGAGGAGUCCUUUGAGUCCCAAAAGUCCCCAGACUCAGGCUCGUGAACCGCCCAAAGAGGGUUGCAUUGACACAUCCAUUGAACGGCUGUAUGAUAAUGUGUGUGAAAUGCACAGCUCAGGUGAUAGAUCUCCGUCAAGGUUGAGCUUCAGAUCUGAUGUUGAGGAAUCACGAAUUGAUUCAGAGUUGCACCAUCUUGUCGGAGGGGAGAUGAGGGCUGUAGAGAUAAUGGAAGAGGAGGUGGAGGAGGAGAAGAACAAGGAGGAUGUUGGCAAGGAUGUGGCUUCUAAGAAGGAAAAUGGGUCUGCCAACAGGAAGUCGAAGAUGGGGAAGUCCCGGUCUCCUAGAACUGAGACUGUUUCUUCCAUACAGUCCAAGAGACCUUCCCGUUUGCAAUUAAAUGGUGAGGCAUCAGCUAAAUCAAGUCCAAAGAGCAAAAUUUCUCAUGUAAAACCUUCUACGGAGCAACAGAGUACUAAAAGUACAAGGAAACCAACUCCUGGGGUUGUUCCUACAAAGAAACAGAGUUCUACCCUAGGAGCAUCCAAACCAAACAAUGGAACUGAUGAUCUGUCUGAAGCAGGGUUAGACAACCCAGAUUUGGGACCUUUCCUACUUAAGCUUGCAAGGGAUUUGAUUUCUUCAGGGGAAAAUCCUCAGAAAGCUCUAGAAUUCGCUCUUCGUGCGGCAAAAUCCUUUGAGAAAUGUAUGGAUGGAAAACCUAGUUUAGAACUAGUCAUGAGCCUGCAUGUUGUGGCGGCAAUCCAUUGCAGCCUAGGGCAGUAUGAUCAAGCUAUCCCUGUUCUCGAGCAUUCACUUGAGAUUCCCAUCUUGGAAGAAGGCGAAGAGCAUGCCCUUGCUAAAUUCGCUGGGUGUAUGCAAUUGGGUGAUACUUACGCAAUGUUGGGUCAGCUUGAAAAUUCCAUAGAGUGCUAUACAGCAGGCCUUGAAAUUCAGAAACAGGUCCUGGGAGAAACGGAUCCACGAGUUGGUGAAACUUGCCGGUAUUUGGCUGAAGCCCAUGUUCAAGCUUUGCAAUUCGACAAGGCUGAGAAGCUGUGCCAGAUGGCUCUUGACAUCCAUAGAGAAAAUGGGGAGCCCGCUUCUCUUGAAGAAGCAGCGGAUAGGAGGCUGAUGGGUCUUAUUUGCGAAACCAAGGGAGAUCACGAAGAAGCCCUUGAGCACCUUGUAUUAGCUAGCAUGUCCAUGGUAUCUAAUGGCCAGGAAACUGAGGUGGCUUCCGUUGAUUGCAGCAUUGGAGACACCUAUUUGUCUUUGGCUCGGUAUGACGAGGCUGUUUUUGCAUAUCAAAAGGCGCUUACUGUGUUCAAGACUUCCAAAGGAGAGAAUCAUCCAGCCGUUGCUUCGGUUUUUGUUCGUCUUGCCGAUUUAUAUAACAAGACUGGAAAACUGAGGGAAUCAAAGUCUUACUGUGAGAGUGCUCUUCGGAUUUACGGGAAGCCUGUUCAGGGAACCCCACCAGAGGAAAUUGCUAGCGGUCUCACUGACAUUUCUGCAAUCUACGAAUCUAUGAACGAGCCUGAGCAAGCACUCAAGUUGCUCCAAAGGGCUUUGAAGAUUUAUGAUGAUGCCCCAGGCCAGCAAAGCACGAUUGCUGGAAUCGAGGCGCAGAUGGGGGCGAUGUAUUAUAUGACUGGGAACUAUUCCGAGUCUUAUGCUUCCUUUAAGAAUGCCAUCGUGAAGCUUCGGGCCAGCGGUGAGAAAAAAUCUGCUUUCUUUGGCAUUGCUUUGAACCAAAUGGGGCUGACAUGUGUGCAGCGAUACGCGAUAAAUGAGGCUGCCGAGCUAUUCGAAGAAGCCAGGAAUAUUUUGGAACAAGAAUACGGGCCAUAUCAUCCGGACACGCUCGGAGUAUAUAGCAAUCUUGCAGGGACUUAUGAUGCAAUGGGCAGGUUGAAUGAUGCAAUAGAUAUUCUGGAGUAUGUGGUGAGGAUCAGGGAAGAGAAGCUUGGGACGGCCAACCCGGACGUGGACGACGAGAAGAGGAGGUUGGGUGAGUUGUUGAAGGAAGCUGGCAGGGUCAGGACCAGGAAAGCCAAAUCUUUGGAAACUCUCAUGUUAUGAAGAAACUAGAAAGCUGCCAUUAAGGUAUGAUGAUGAUGAUGCAUAGAGGCAUACAUGCAUGCAUGUAAAUUAGGAUAUUUAAAAGAUGUGUUGUGGUUAUCUUGAUUAGGUUGGAAUAUUGAUUAUUAUUAUUAAUUAUUAUACUAUUAUAUAUUUGUAUAUUUUUAGUGAUUAUUGUGUUUGGUUCUCUAUUGUUUAUGGGAUUAGUGAAAAUCCUUUUCCA